AAGGUUUGGAUGGUCCUCUCUGAUUGACCAUCUGUCUGGGGAUGAAACGCUGUACUGAACUUCAACUUUGUUCCCAUUGCUUUCUGCACACUAAGCCAACACUUAGAAGUAAACCUCGGAUCUCUAUCUGAAACUAUGGACACUGGCACUCCAUGCUGACUCACAAUCCUGUAGAUGUAUAGCUUAGCUAGUUGAUCUAGUGUAGACGUCGUUUUAAUCUAAAUGUGAAUACAAAUUAGGUUUUGGGGCGUUGCCCCCGAACCCUUGGACCAGCACCUCGUGCUUGGUCAUUUAAAUCGCUAGGUAAUAGAUUCAAGGCAUUCUAACAAAGUCAAUACUUAAUUUUUGAGUUUUUCCCUAAUCGUAUUUGGAUAUACCAUGUUUCUUGGAAAUAUUUUGGCACUUGAGCAUAUUGGAUGGAUUUACUAGAUAGAGAAAAUAGGACCUCAGACAGCUCUCUCCCCCAUCAACCGACACCCCCCUCGGAAAAAUCUUCUCGGGUUCUGAAGUACAUGCUUUAGCAAUAUGGAAUUUUUAUAAUAAGGUCAAAAUCAUUUAGUUUUUGCAGCUUCUUUGCAGCUUCAUAGCAACAGAGAAUUGAAUGAAAUGAAAUGUUGAAAAAGAGGCACACUUGCUUCUUCUUAAUGAGAUACUCCAAGACAGAUGUUAAUAGUGAACUAUUCUGUUUCUCUCCCCCCCCUUUUCAUUAUAGUUAUAAAAUUAGAUUAUUUUGAACUUCAUCAAGAAUGCACAUACUUUCAACUGCAGCUCGAUAUCUGCCAUUCUGUCCACAAUUAUUGGAGUGCAUUUUGGGCAUGUUCUAAUCCAUUUUCAGGAUCACUCAGCUAGGCUGAAGCAAUGGGUCACAAUGGGCUUCAUUCUUCUUAUUUUAGGACUUGUUCUUCAUUUCACUCACGCAAUUCCAUUGAAUAAACAGUUGUAUACGUUUAGCUACAUCUGUGUGACAUCGGGAGCUGCAGCAUUGGUUUUCUCAGUCUUCUACACUUUGGUUGAUAUCUGUGGUCUAAGGUACUUGUUUCUACCAUUGGAGUGGAUCGGGAUGAACGCGAUGCUCGUGUAUGUUAUGGCAGCUGCUGGCAUUUUUGCAGGUUUCAUCAAUGGGUGGUAUUAUGAAGACCCCCACAACACACUGGAAACAAGAAACGGGAACGUUAUCAAGCAGGCCUUGAGAUAUAUUGGAUAAAGAAGCACCUUUUCAUUGGAGUCUGGCAUUCAAAAAAAGUGGGUGUUCUCCUCUAUGUGAUCUUUGCAGAGAUCCUUUUUUGGGGCGUCAUCUCCGGGAUCUUACAUCGGUUCGGCUUAUA